GGGCGCUUUAAUCAAGCGGUGCGCCUUCAGAGCCGCGCACAUGGGUACAGGCAUGGACCUGGACACUGACGGGUUACUCACACACACACGCGCUCAUACACGCUCACACACUUCCCCGAGCUCUUUCAGGUGAAAGACAGAAAGGUGCACAUGUGAUCUGGUGAAAAGAGAAGUUUCUUGUGAAAGAAAGAAGCGUGGGAGUUUGGAGCAGAGCUGCAAAAACUGGGGAGAGACCAGGCAUGUUCCCAUAAUCCAUACACCCUGGUUGGGGCUGAUCUCCUAAACCCUGGGCGUAAGGAUGGCCGAUAAAGGGCCCUUACUGACUUCAGCUAUCAUCUUCUACCUGUCCAUCGGGGCUGCAAUCUUCCAAGUGCUCGAGGAGCCCAACUGGAAUUUGGCAUUGAAUGAAUACAAAGCGCAGAAGGCGAAAAUCCUGGAAGAUUACCCGUGUCUCACUAAAGCAGAUCUGGACAGGAUUCUGGAGGUCGUGUCAGAGGCUGCAGGACAAGGAGUCACCAUUACAGGAGACAAAACCUUCAACAACUGGAACUGGCCAAAUGCUGUCAUAUUUGCUGCUACGGUCAUUACAACCAUUGGUUAUGGCAAUAUUGCCCCCAAAACCUCAUCAGGGAGGGUUUUUUGCAUCUUCUAUGGACUGUUUGGUGUGCCACUUUGUCUGACCUGGAUCAGUGAGCUGGGCAAGUUUUUUGGUGGAAGAGCAAAACACCUUGGACAAUAUCUUACCAAGCGAGGCAUUUCAUUGAGAAAGGCACAGUUCACCUGCACAGCCAUCUUCCUGUUAUGGGGUGUGCUGAUUCAUUUGGUUAUUCCCCCAUUCGUUUUCAUGUCCCAGGAGGGUUGGACCUACAUAGAGGGCUUAUACUUUUCCUUCGUCACUUUGACAACUAUUGGAUUUGGUGAUCUCGUAGCAGGUGUUGACCCCAAUGCAAACUAUCCCACUCUGUAUCGCUACUUUGUUGAGGUGUGGAUAUACCUGGGUUUGGCCUGGCUUUCCCUGUUCUUUAACUGGAAGGUGCGAAUGGUCAUCGAAGCUCACAAAGCUUUCAAGAAGCGGCGAAAACGGCGCAAGCUCUCACUGGAUGAGUUUCAGCACUACAAAAAUACUCACAAGGUCUUGCAGUUACCGCCUGCCAGCAGCGAUGUCAACAUCUUCAGCUUCCUGUCUAAGAAACGUGAAGGCUACAACGACCUCAUCAAACAAAUCGGCACCAAGAAAGACGGAGAGCAGCAUGCCAACGCGGUUAGCGCUAAAAGGCAGAGCGAAUUCCUCCGCUCCAAGAGCUGCAACGAUGCUAUCUCCAUUGAUGGACAAGCUAUUCUUGACUUGGAGCAAUCGCCUCGCCAGAAACGUCGCUACAGCUUCAGUGACCGUGUCACAGUGGUCUUUUCCAAGUCCAAAAGCUUUCUGCUGGGCACAGAAGGUGGUCCACUCCUGAAUGAUAUGCAGGUAGAGGGUGAGCUGGACACAGCCAUUGAUAGAAUGUAUGAGAAUCAGUUGGAUAAAGAAGCAGGAGAGGAACACCGCAACCUCAGGCCUGGGGGCUGCCGUCCCGGCCGUCACAUUUGGGACUCCCACGAGUAUCAGCCUGUUAUUUUUCAAAAUGCCAACAUCACCUUUAUUGAUGAAGAGAACCUGCUGAACAACAGCCUGGUAGAUGAGGACGAAGAUGAAGACAUCAAGAUCAAGCUCUCGACCUCGGAUGAAAACGGCGAGUCUGAAACUGAUUCCAAGGAGGAGCAGUCCUCGGAAUCAGAGGGAUCUGUGUUCACAGACAGAGCCAAUCAGUGUCAUUCCUACGAGCAGCUGGUAGAAGAGUAUUCCAAGGAAAAUAACACUGAUACCUGAAGCAUUAACUCAUUAGUGUUUUUGUGGUUUUUCUUUCUUGCAUUCAUGUAAUUAUGGACAUUUUUGCCAAAAUUGAAGACAUUUGUGCGUCCAAUGUGAUCAAGGAAAUUUUUUGCAAUCAAUUUCGCAAUAUUUUUGCCUCAUGAGUUUGGCGGAUAGAGAUUGUGAAAUGCAUCUCAGUCAGUAUUAAGCUGAGUAGAAGCUGUAGGUUUGAAAUUGAUGAGAAAAGAACAAGAAACACACUUACUCCACUACACCAAAUUAUUGGGACAUGGCCAAAAUGUAUUCCAGUCUAAAUUCAAUGAAUGAUUUCUGGAAGGUUCAAAUGUAUGAUUGCUCGAUAGCCCUGGACCUUUUUUGUGGGGUUUUUUUCUAGUUUUUGUUUGAGUUCUAAUUUAUUAAAUUAUGUGGUUAAACUUAACUCGUACUGACGAGCCAAAUCAGUUGCAAACUGGUUCACGGAAUAAUGGACAGCGAGGUGAUUCCUUUAAGAAUUGCUCCUGGUUCUCACUUUUUAUUCACCAUAUUGGUGCUUUUAAUCAACAUAAUGAAGGACAAACACAUCCCAACUGCAUUAUGUUUUGAACCAUUUUUACAGGUUUUGGCUUUUUCAUCCCUUGAUCUCCUGGUGUAAUUAACAGUCUCUGUGAUCAUAAAGUCUGAAAGCCUCUGAGGCGGGUCAAGCUUUGCUGUGUCUUUUAAGGUCCCUAAUAUUUACAGCUUUUAUUGUAUUUGUCACUGUGUGAAUGCAGCCAGUCAGUUUCAAAGUCCCUGUCUGUGGACAGCAUAUUGCACUACUCUGAUUCAGUCUGAGCCAUUGUCUUUCUUUCUUUUUUCUUUCUUUCUUUCUUUCUUUCUUUCUUUCUUUCUUUCUUUCUUUCUUUCUUUCUUUCUUUCUUUCUUUCUUUUUCAUCCUCAUCUACAUCUUAUUCUUCGCCAGUGUCUUAUGAAUCUAAUACUUGUUGUUUUUCAUCUUCGUCUUAUACCAUUUAGUCAUCUUCUUUUCAUUUUUAUUGAGCUAAUUGGAUUGUAUUGGCAAUAAUUUAAAGAUAGCCCUGGAUUUUUUCGUAGUCAGACAAUAUUGUAGGCUCAGACCCGCUCUGGCUCAUUUAGCAUAAACGAGAUUAAACCGUGGGGUUUUAUAUUUGUGCUUAAGUUAUACAAAGCUUUGUGAAUGAAGAAGCCUUUUGUUUUUUAAAUACUGUGCGGUUUCUAUCAGCCACUCUUUGACCUGCCAAUCCUAAAAUGAUGUCUCCGUUGUCCCAUAUACGUAACGCAAUCUGGUUAUUCUAGUUCUGAGGUGUCGUCUAAGAAAUAAACUGUCAGUAACAGUAGGCUAGUGUAUAGGAUGUUAUUUAGUCUAAUUUGCAAAGUAUCAUACACAGAACCGAACUGAUGCAAGGUCAUGUUUUUUCCAGCAAAGGUUAUGUGAAGAAGUUUGUUGGCUUAUUUUGUCUGAAUUUAGUGUUUGUUAUCAUUGGAUGGAGCAAAUAUUUAUAUGCUUGGUCUAGACGUGUCUAUAACAAGGACAGCCAAGCACUAAUAAGCCUUGCAAAAAUAUAGUGAGACUAUAAUACGCAAAACUCAAAAACUGUAUUAAUUACUUCGUUAUUAAUAAUUAAUAUUCGGUUUAAGGUAAUAAGUGUUUUAACAUAUAGAAGUAUAACAUGGUGAGACAUAAUUCAUUACACCGUAACCGCCUGCUUCUCUCAUCUGCAUCUCUUCUGUCUCAUGUGUUGAAUGUAGGGUUAGACAUGUAACAGUUUUGAGUAAUGCCAAUCUCGAUACUGUGGCCACAAGAAUGUGUGAGGCAAAAUGUGGAUAUCCUGCUUGUAAUUCCCUCGUCUGGGGAGUGUGUCUCUCACAGCUUCUUGCGUCACGGUGCUCGGCAGCACCAGUGUGAAAGAAACAGCUUCCCGAGUGAGUUUCCUGCCAUAGAUAAAUUGUGGUGCACAUCUCGAAGUCAAUUUGUCCCAAUUCUUUUCCUGUUCCAAAAUUCUUUCUGUUUUCUAAUGGUCUGGAUGAAUCUAAUUAUUUUUGUGUUCGUGCACUGCCUCACUGUGUUAAUCUGUCAUAAAUGCACUUGCUGCCUGGAUAUUAAUUGUUUAUACGCCAAAGCCUGUAAUAGCCAGCGUUCUGUGGAUGUGUAUUUAAGCACAGUAGUCCUCUGGUUAACAGUAGUAUGAUUGUAUGAUCUCACAUCCACUUGGGCUUGUUUGGAUUCAUUAUCGGUGUUUUUUUCUUUUUCCGACGCUGUGCUCAGAUGUAUUAAUAAAGCAGAAUUGUUCCAAGAAGUGCCCGCAAACAUCCUGAACAAAAAUAGAACCUCUAAGUCGCCCAGAUAGUUGGUGAGGACUUGGUCUCGCCCUGAGAUUACGGUGUAUUGUAUGUAAACACUGGCUAACUGUUCGACUGUAGCCACCACUUUGUUCAGGCCAUAACCUUGUAGCCUUGCAAUCUGUGUUUACUUUUCCUGCACUCAAAGUGACACAAGUGGCCAUAAACUUUACGCAGUUGACCGAGGUUAAAAAGUGACCGCUUGAGUGUGUUUCCCUGAUGCCAGACAGGAAUGUUCGAAUAAUAACUUUCCGGUCAUAUCAUUUACAAUUUGUGAUAGUGUAAAUGGAUAUUUAGUGAAUUCAUUAAUGCCUAUUUUGUAAUUAAUGCAGGUGGUGUAAUUUGCUAACCUUUUCUCAUUGGUGCCUUAUCAUCUUAUCUCAAACCACUUCAUAAAGAUGAUAAACUGAAAAAAAUUGCCAAGGAAAUAUCUUUCCUAUAAAUCCUCUAUGAUCUGGUACUGUAGAUGGUUGCCUUGUGUUUCAUGCACAAAAAAACUCGACUGAGGUCAGACAAAAAGCCUUGUUUUUGGAUUCUGAGGUACUUCUGUGCCUUC